AUGGCUAACGGGUACCGCACGCUCUCCCAGCACCUCAACGAUCUCAAGAAGGAGAAUUUCAGCCUCAAGCUGCGCAUUUACUUUCUGGAGGAGCGCGUCCAGCAAAAGGGCGAGGGCAGCCGGGACGAUGUCUAUCGGCGGAACAUUGAGCUGAAGGUGGAGGUGGAGAGCCUGAAGCGGGAGCUGCAGGAGAAGCAACAAGCCCUGGACAACACAUGGGUGGCUGCGGAGAACCAGACGACCCGCAGCCAGGCAGCGCUCCGGCAGCAGUAUGAGGAGCGGCAGCGGGAGUCGGAGCAUGUCUAUGAGCUCCUGGAGAACAAGAUCCAGCUCCUGCAGGAGGAGGCCAGGCUGGCACGGAGAGAGGCCGAGCAGGCCACGGUGCUAGCCAGAGCUGAGGCGGAGCGAUGCCAGGAGCUGGCGGGGAAGCUGAAGGAAGCUGUGAAGACGAAGGAGGAGGACAGGAGAGAUGAUGGCUGCAGUGCCAUAGCCCAGAGGAGGAUCGAAGAGCUGACUCAAGAGCUGGCCACCAGCAACCGGCUUGUGGAAACACUGUCGGCCGAGAAGCGUGACCUGCAGCAGCGCCUGGAGGAGCCCCUGGCUGUGGAGGGGCAG